CUUCGAUAUUUCGUACUUGUGGUAGACGACUUUCUUCGCUGACGAUAAGUUGGUAGAUGAAUUUCAAGUGCUCUGACAAUUGAAUACUUUGUAAACUUUGUAAUGUAAUUGCGCUGCAAGAAAUACGUAACAACGUCCUUGUUCUUUAAGCUUCAACGAAGACGAACUACUUCUUCCUCCCAUUUAUUUUCUCGUAGUACCAAAGGCCAUACAAAUAGUAAACAACUUUAGUUUGGGGAAGACUCUGUUGAUAAGUGUUUGUCAACGUUGUCAAAGUCAACUAUCUAAACGCUAUAAAAAGCGCUCGUGGUCGUGCGGAAUCGAAAAAUAGGUCGAAACAAAUUGGAGCAGCAACCGUGACCACCGUGUCGCGAUUUUUCUGUUCUUAGUCUGGACCGCCAGGAUCUUGGUUUUGAUCCGGCGAGGGCGGUUACAAGGCAGAAGGACCACACGGGAGCACAACUACAAGUACACGCGCGACCCGAUGAUCCUCCAUUGAUUUCGCAUACAAUCUCUAUUUCGUUUUCCACCUGUUACGUACACGGACACAACUGAAGACACCAGACCAACGAACAUUUUUAGAGCUCCUUCAGCACCAAAAUGAAGCUGAAUUACGACGUCGAGGGUGAAGAACUGCACGGGCAGGUGCACUACGGAGGUCAAGGCAGGACGAAUAUGCACUAUCUAUACGGCCGAAACUUCAACGAGAACCGCGAGAGUUUUUGCCAGAUGGACGAAGAUGUUGAUCGCCAACAAGAUGAGCUCGUUCUGCUCUGCUUUGCGGACGUUCGGGAUCGCGACCGGGUGCACGACGACUGGACGCGCAACGAAGACGAUUUACCUGGUGCGAUCAAUCUGGAGUUCACGGCGAAGUCGUCGUUUAUUGCGAGCAGUUGUAGUAGCCUGAUGGGGGUUCAUCAACGAGGUGGCUAUAGUGACGUCGAUGUUUGCUCUGCUGGUGUUCACGCCCCAGUCAAACUAGCCUUUGUUCAGCCGCCGGGAGAGGUGCAGCACAGCUUGAGACACGGUAUAUGAAGUUGAUGCCCAGCACUUCGUACAUUGGUUUGGGCCGUAUUUUGAUUUGUCCUUUACUCGCAGUGCCUCCUAUUAUUUUCGGCAAAGAAUCAAAACAUUCGACGCAGAGUUAGCAGGACUUGAAUAAGUUGAAUUUUUCCUUUCGCAGGCAUCUGUGUAGUUGUACGUAGAUAUGUGGUGAAACGAACCCCAAAUAACAAUAAGCCGCAAUUCAACUACAGCCUCCGCGCACCUGACUUACCGCAACGCCACCAAGCCGGGGUCUUUUCAGCGAACGGAAGUCGUGUCCUGCAAGCCGAUCGAAAACCUGAAGCAUGAGGAGGAGGCCCUCCCACUCAAACUCUCCUUCGGCGACUUUCACGUCAACCGCUUCAGCCACAAGGUUUUUGCCAUCGGGAAGCUCCAGUUUCAGCAUGAAGGAACUAGUACACAUGGUCCUGCUGGUGGUCUGGUGAGCAAGUCGCUGUCCACCAGUUGUACCCCUCCGGUGGUUUCACACCACAGAAGUUCUUUCAUCCACAAUGCAAAUGUUGAAACCUCUUCGGGGGACCAUGACGUGACCGGGCGGAACAGUCGGCGGACCAGCGGGUGCUAUUCGUUUUUCAACUCGAACUCGACGAACUCAAACCCAAACUCGCAUCACUCGAAUUCGGGGAUGUUCAUCCAUGGUGGUAGUGGAGGAGCUCCUGGUGGUGCUCCUUCCUCGAGGCAUUCCUCCUUCUACACAUCGGCGUCGCAGAGCAAUUUCGGCGGUGGAGCAGCACCGCACAGCACGGUUUUGUACACUGUGGCCCUUUGCCCGGUCGAGGAGAUGAGCACAACAAGAACAACUCCUUGCACCAACAAGAACAUUGGCGGCCGAAUAAAUCACCACGACCUUCCCAGCAGCAGCAGAGACGAUACUAGCGCCCGCCGUUUGUCCUCCAAUCUAAACUUCUACUCCUCCACGUCCUCCCUCUCCAACUCGAACCUGGUUCACCACGACAGGGCGGCGCAACACGCAGUAGACCAGAGAAGUCCAUCCUUCGUCCGUUCUACGGCGCAACACGCAGACCAGAGAAGUUCAUCCUUCGUCCGUUCUAGUCACCACUUGAGCGCGGCGGCAGCGACGCCCCGGCGAAGCACGACAACGAGUGGGUUGCCGCCGAGAAUCAGCAUUGGACGAGGACGCGCCACAACGACGUCGGGAGUGACUGUCAGCAGUGCUGGAGCUGCUGCGCCUGCGGGAGCUGCUCAAACAGGCACUUCAUCUACGACCCAAAGAGCGUCUACUUCUCAGGUUGGCGUUGGGGAGGCUCAGUUGCAUAGUAGUGCUGUUGGGGGGAAGAUCGGGAUGAUGAACGUGAACGUCGCGGAGCAAGAACAAACUUCCGCGACGCCAGCUCCUGUGCCGAAGUUCAAUUUUGACAACUUGCUCUUGGAGCACAUGUCCUCGUCUUCGGGGACGGAGACGAAGCCGGGUGCUGCUGGUGGUGACAGCAAGGUCGUGAAUAAAGGCGGAAGAGCACCUGCUAAGAAGCCCUCCCGAAGUGUUGAGCUUGAGCAUGCUCCCACUCUUCUUGAAACGACGCCUGCUUCUGCUACAACUCCUAGUACCAGUGUGAGCAACACGACAGCUAAGGGUCGGGGUCGGUCCAGUGUUGUUUCCCUUGCUGGUGGCUCAGCAAAAGGAAAGGACACUUCUAGAAAAGAAAAGCACCCUCCUGCUACUACGCAGCUUCCGCGGGGCUCGAAAGGAAACAUCAUGUCCAGCCUGACAACUAUUCCUGAUAGCAGUAGUGCUGGUGCUGCUCGCGUAAAUGAGAUGGCCGGUUAUAGUAGUCGGGUUGCUGAUCACGACGAAUCUGUUGCCGCCCAUAGCCGCAGCUCGCGCGGCCUGUCCUCCGCAACUCUGGACCAGCAGCACCACAAAGGGAGCGGAAAGCAGGCCCGGGUGUCAUCAUCGAAAGGCGGUUUCAUUGGAAGUAGUGGUGGUAACAAGAACCCUGCUCUACUUCACCAGCAUUCGCAGCGUGCGUCGUUGUCGUCAAAUAAGGGCGGUGGAGGAAAUAUGAAUAUCAACCCAGCGGUCGCCAGUACAGUCGGCAGCUCCUUCAUGCAGCAGCAAAAAUCUUCUGCGUUCGACCCCAGAUUCCCAGCUGACGGCGUGAUCAGUUUACACAAGAAGCGCACUCCAGUUGCACGGAUCUCGAUGCCGACAGCUUCUACUUCCACUACUGCUCAUGAUGCUCCUGCUGCAGUACAACAGCAGCAGCCAGGCGCAGCUGCUGGCACGGUGCCACAUCAGCUCAGUUGCCCCGCUUCGCUGCAGCAGCCGGCGUCUACUCGUCUCCUGAUGGUGGAGGUCGGAGCAACUAGCAGUAGCACCACAUCUUCAAGAACGGAAGAUAACAAUACAACAAACGCUCCUCUCGUACCCAAAACGCCAACGCCGAAACGCAGUUUGCAGACCGUUUCUUCCAACACGCCAAGUUCCACCCGGUGCCCACACGACACGCCGAGCAUGACUUUCUCGUCAGCUACAAGGGGGGCACUUUCGUCGGUUCCGCCUUCGCAGAGGAACACAAUCAGAGAGGAGGAGGAGCAAAUGCAGUUACAGUUGCAGCAUGGUUUUCACGACCGCGAAGCUGCUGUGGAUCUUCACGACUAUCACUUGCACAACCAUGCGGAGGAAGUGGAUGAAUUCGGGCACGACCAUGGAGUUGACAGGGAGGAGGAGGAAGAUAAUCCUCUCCUGCUGCUCGAUCAGAUCAAUGCCGACAAGAAUGAGAUAGAUCAACAGCUCCACCCCGAUGACGUUGCGAUCUACGGCCGAGAAUCGGUCAGCGCGUAUGACGAUGAUGUCAACAACGUCGUUGUUGGGCAAGAUCAGCAGGAGCACGAAACGGAUCGUCAAGAUCAACGUCGCCAAAGUCGUGAGACAAUGACGAAUUUGAUUCCCUUGCCGCCUUUCGGGCCGGUGAGUGAAGCGACGAUAUUAAUACCGUCUUGUAAUAAUUCCGCUCAACAACAACUACAUGACCUUGGUCAAGAACUACUCCAUCGAUACAGCAACCGCUUGAGCUGCAGUAGUCAAAAUGCAGUAUCGCUUCCCGGCGCAGAUCAUCUAUUUCCCGGAGCUGCACCAAACGUCGUGUCGCAGGACAAUGCCAUCAGCCGUGGUUCGACUGGAGACAGUGCCAGUGGAAACUUCUUCACAAGCAGCAGCAGCAACAUUCCCUUCAACAGCGCGAACGUGGAGAACGGCAGUAGAAUCAACGACAUCAUCCCGAGCGGAGUGACGCUCUUGGACGUCAUGAACGCGCUGAACAGUGUUAAUAAUGGUGGCAACAGUGCAAACAAUAAUCUUGCAAGCCUACACUCGAGCGGCAAUGUUUCCAACUUUUCGCACUCGAAUACAAACUCCUUGCAAAAUGUUGACGGUACAACCGCAAACGAUAAUUCUUCGUGUGCCUACAACCCCGACCGCGAGUCGAUCAGUGCGAGUGUCUCAGGAACUACUUCUGCGUCGAUUUUCGGACAACAGAUGCUGAUGAUAAAUCAACAGCAAAUCCACAGCAGUCACUCGUCAGCACACCACCUUCAUCUUCCUCUCGCUCCGUUCAACAGUUUGGCGAGCUGCAAUGCGACGAGCACGUUUAAUGGUGCCGCGAGCAAUGCAAAUACUGCAGGAAAAGAGGAAGACCAGGAGAUGCAUCAAGCUUCUUCCAGUACUACCACGCGCGAGAAGUCUUUCUUUGACAAUGUUCGACGAAGUGAAGAUUCCCAGCAGCACAGUGUGCAAAUCAAGUUUCCGUCGUCGAGAGAUCGAACAAGCGGCACGGCGAGCUCAGGGCCGGUCAUUAGUUUGAUUCCGAUUGGGGGAGGUGGACCGGAAGAACGGGAUCGUGGAAGCAGUGGUGCCAAUAACAGCGGCAGGGAUAUCCCGGCAAUGAUGAAUAGCGUGCUUGAUCAAAAACAGAAUCCGCACGGCUUUCAGGAGGAACUCCAACUCCUACCCCCCUGCUAUGCGAGGACCACGAUGGGCGCCGCCGCCGCGACGAACCCUCCAAACCCGAAUUUCAUCAUGCCUCCGCACCAGCCUUUUAUGCCCGCUACGGGUGGCAUCCUGGCGGGCGCCAUGAACCAGGCUAGGCUCAGUGGGCGUGCGCUCGGCGGCAGCGACGUGUUCAAGAAUGUCCGCGUAAGCAGUUGCAGUAAUAGUUCCGUGAUGAAUUACACUGGUGAUGCUGGUGCUGGAUUAGGAUUGAAUAUUCCAGCAGCUGAUAUAGAACCGCUUGUCUCCGGGGCUCGGCAAGUGUCUUCGUCCAGCUUUGUGUCUUCUACAACUUCUGGCGGUGCUGAUGGAGGUACUUCUAGUACAGCUCUCGCGCCGCAAGCGCAGCAAAUCCUCGAUCCAGCUGUCCGCGCUUCGGUAACGGAUCCGUUGUUACUUAACACGAUGACAAUUCUGCCACCGGGGGCGCUAGGGCUGUCUCCCGGGGUGGGGAGCCGUGGAGCCGUUCAUGAGACGGCGCCACCAGGACGAGCCGGUCGAAGUGACGGUGCUGUUCAAAUAAAUCGAAGCAUGAACAACUUGGGUGGAGGCGGAGCAAACACUUCUGGCACAGCUACAACAUGUAGCUCAACAUCUAGAACACAUGGACGAGAGCAUGAUGAAAAUAAUAAAAGCCUGCAGUACUCUCCGAGCUUCGACACGCCAACGGAGAUGACUGUUAUUUCCGGAGGAUCCACAGCUGAGCUUGGCUGCAGAAAAAUCAGUGGCGAUGCGCGCGCUAGUACUGUACGAAAGCAUAACUUCAGAAUCGAAGACGCUGAAGCGACAGUAUCGCCCAAUGUUGCUACUGGUACUACACCGAGCACUGUGCUCGGAGAGAAAGUGGCACUAGAAGACAAGACCGCGUCUGCGACUGCAAAUAGUACUGCUUCACAAAAGCAAGCGGACCACUUGAAAGUAUCCGAAGAAGAAAAUGAGAGUGACGAAGUGGAAAUUUGCCAGCACCGCUCAAGCAAGUGGGGCAUGGUGGUCAUGGUACCCUCGAGCAGGAGAAGCUCGCACAUUCACCGACCGUCGUACGCGAAGGGGUCGUUGCUACAGCAUCAAAGAUCGAAGUCAAUGAACUAGAAAUUUCAACAAGAACCUCUCUUUAGUCAUCACGCCCGACAUCAGAAAUUAUAAUCCGUUUCCAGAACUGCAAUUGGACGGGCUAUGCCGCAGAGUAUUUCUCUUAAGAUAAAAUACCCUUCAACACCACGUCGACCUUUCGUUAUCAUUACCUCUCUGUUACUUUAUUUUUUCCUAUAUUUGCCUGUUCCCGCUUUGCUUGUUGUCCAUGUAUGAUGUAUUGAAAAUAUUACUUGUGUACUCGUAAAAACAACUUCAACUAGCUCACGGACUGGAUGUAUUUCAACUUUUUGGUUUAUUCAAAAAGCCUGCUGUAGCACAACUGUUUCUAUUGCUACCAGCAGAGACCAGUACUUUUUUGCUUUCGACCGCAAGAACUCAAGAAAGAACUCAUUGAAAUCGUCACUCACUUGUUCCAGUUGUAUAGUACGCAGAAGCUACACCUAAAAGGCAUCAGAAGUACGCCCGGAUUCAGAGAAAUUAGGCCAUAGAUCAGGGCUCCGAGGUGCCGCGCAUGGUGUCAGCUCUUUAGUUUUACUUGUUACAGUGAAGAUCAGCAUGUUAUGCCGACAUUCUAUCCAUACCAUCCAGGAUUGGCUUGGGUAUAGGUCAUGCCUUUGGUCGGAGAGUGAGAUGAAGUAUUUAUGAUGUCUAUGGGUUGAAGUAAUAAUUACCUACGUGCUCUCGAGAACUACUUUUACUUUCACAACAGGAAUUGGAUGCGAAUAAAGAGACUUGUUAGCCUACCAGUAUCGCGUCUGCUGUGCAGUAGCGAGGGCAACGACCUACAGAUCUCUACUAGUAGAGAUCGCUCCUUCGCAAUCCGAUUUCUAUCAGAACCAGCCCGCGAAUAUUAGAAGCGAAAUAUUACAAACGUGAUAAGCUACCGACAUCCGAAAAGAGCAGGCACCUAUGAUUCAGCCAGCUAGUAGUGUCACCAGAACUUAAUGAAUUCUUGUGGAAAAUAAGAUCACAACACUCAUCUUCUCUAGAAGACUGGAUUUUUUGUGUACAUGUCAGUCAGAUGCUAUCUAACGAAACUUGAAGCAUAGGAGGAAUAGACUCAAGGAGCUUCUGCGCUACUAGCAUUUGCUCUGGCACAACCGGCAGCAAACGACUCAUCAAGCUCUGAUUCUUGUGUCAGGCCCAGAAAAGAAACUUGCACUUGCAGCAGGUGAGCAACUACUCGGCCUUGAGGAUACAGGAGAGCUUUUCUAUGCAUCUACUGCCGUGUGUAUUUAUUUCGUCGAUACAGCCUUCGGGCGUCUAUUGUGAUGGAAUGUUGGGUCCUUCUUGUAUAUGAUUUUUUGAAAUCGUUGAAACAGCUCGACAAUAUCUUUGCAGUUGCUCCUUCCCCAAAAUAUUAAAUGAGUGGGGACGGAAAUAUUGAUAGAUCGAUAUUAGAAAGGCAAAGUUUCAACAGACCUUGAUGCAGAAAAUGAGAAAUGCACCCUCCUGCAACUCCAAAACUAGGGCUCAUAAGCGUGUCUGGCGGAGUUUCGGACUUCUCAUCUCUUCUGCAAAAAUAUAUAUGCGAAAAUGAAAUUGAAAUCAUGAUUGGCACUACAACAGACCACUCCGACAUAAAGAACCAAGAAGCGACUUCUAGCCUUCUAUUUUUUCCCACUUCUGCUGUACGGCGAACUCCGACGGGAAGCGUGGAAAAA